UUUUUCUGCUUCUGAUGCCUAAACGGAUCUUUCUUAGCAAGGCUGUAGUAGACAAAGGAGCCGAAGAUGAAAACCUGGACCGAGUGACUCGAGCCAUAGAGAGCUCCAUGAAAAGAUGGAUUUCACAGAAGCCUACUCCGAUAGAUGCUCUACUGUUGGACUUGCAGCUAGAGAAGGAAACAUCAAGAUUUUGAGGAAACUAAUUAGGCAGGGAUACAGUGUUGAUGUUGCUGAUAACAGGGGGUGGAUGCCAAUCCACGAAGCAGCAGUCCACAACUCAAGUGAAUGCCUGAAGCUAUUAAUUCAUUCAGCUCCAUCUGAUGACUACGUAAAAUCAAAGACAUUUGAGGGUACUUGUGCGUUACAUCUUUCUGCAAAUCGUGGGUGUUUGGAAAGCAUCAGUAUCCUCUUGGAAGCAGGAGCUGAUCCUAAUGAAGUUACUUACGAAGCAACUACUCCGCUGUUUCUAGCUGUUGAAAAUGGACAUUCUGAGGCAGUAAAGCUGCUUCUCCGAUAUGGAGCAAAUAUUAAUGGACCCCAUUCAUGGUCUGGGUGGAAUUCUUUGCACCAAGCUUCUUUUCAGGGAUAUACUGAAAUAAUCAAAUUACUCCUUGAGAAAGGAGCAAACAAGGAAUGUGAGGAUGACUUUGGAAUCACACCCUUGUUCAUCGCGGCUCAGUAUGGGAAGUUGGAGAGUUUAAGGAUACUUAUAACACAUGGUGCAAACGUCAAUUGUCAAGCCAAGGACAAAGCCACUCCAUUAUUCAUUGCUGCACAGGAAGGCCAUACUGAGUGUGUGGAACUACUGUUAUCAAAAGGGGCUGAUCCAAAUCUCUACUGCAAUGAGGAGGAAUGGCAAUUACCUAUUCAUGCAGCAGCACAAAUGGGCCAUAGCAACAUAUUGGGAUUGCUGAUACCAGUUACUGGUCGGAUCUGUGACAUGGGAGAAGACAAAGUGAGCCCUGUCUAUUCAGCAGUUUAUGGUGGUAAUGACAAGUGCUUGGAAAUGUUACUUAAAGAAGGCUACAGCCCAGAUGCUCAGAUGUGCUUGAUCUUUGACUGCAGAUCACCCAUGUGUAUGGUUUUCCAAAAGGAGUUUUUUGGUUUAAUUCCUAUUCUUCUGAAACACAGGAUCCAUUUACUUGGGAUUAAUUUAAAAUAUUGCCUGCACCAUGAAAAAUUUUCUUUGUUUCGGCAUUUCUUGAAGCUGGACUGCCCGCUGCCUUCUGAGGAACACUUACCAGAGUUUAUAAAUUACGCCAUUAAAGCACAAGAACAGUAUGAGGAGUGGCUACCAUACCUACUGUUGUCUGGAUUCAGUCCAUUGAAUUUAUUGUGCAGAGUGUGGAUUUAUUCUGUGAAUAACAAUGCCCUUAAUUUCACUCUGGAGUUCACUAACUGGAAGAGGCUUCCUUCAGCUGUAGAACAAAACCUCUCUGACUACAAAGAAAACUCCACCUGGGUUCCACACAGUCAUUUUGCCUUUAUCCCUUCCCUGUCCCACCUUUGUCGUCUUGAGAUCCGGUCCCUUUUACAAAGCAAACAUCUGCGAUCCGACAAAUUUAUCCGUAAGUUGCCAUUGCCCACUUGUCUCCAGGACUAUCUGCUCUGUUUUGACAUACUGAGAAUGAAUGCCAUUCCGGAAGCAGUGGAUGCACAGGGUGAAAUGGCUGAAGGAAUGCCUUAUUCAACUCAAUCCAGUUCAGAAGAUGCAGAAAGCAAACAAGGAAACAAUCGUGCUAGAUGUUCUCAUUGCUCAUGACUGGCCUCUUGGACUGUACAUUUCACAAGUGUUAGUCAGCAGAUUCCAUAGGAAAACUAAUAUUUGAUGCAUAUGUGGUACUGUAGUAGUGGGCAUUUCCCUAUUGCAGCAUUGUACUCUGCAACUAAAGGUGUGUUUCUGGUUAUAUCUUGUACCCAUUUAAAACUUUUAAAAAGCUCAUUAUGCUCUCUUUUUUUUUUUUUUUAAAUAAAGAAAAUAAGUAUUCAACCUCUUCCAGGCCCCAUAGUGGAUGUUAAAAUAAUGGCAUGAUUGGGACCUGAGGAAUGUUAUGUGCCAUACCAAUGUGCAUGGCAAGAUGUGCAGUGUUUGGAAGGGAACACAAAAUUCCUCUGAUUCAAAUCAUGGGACUGCCCAAGGAGAGGACUAUGAUCGAAGACCCUGGGAUUGCCCCAUACUUGUUCAGAUGGUUGGGAUGGGGCAUGGGGCUAGCCUGGGUCUGGGACACAUGCCGCAUGUUUAGUUUAAGGUAGAAUACAAACCAUAUACACAGAUGUUCCACAUUAAAUGGAAGCAUUAAACAUGGAUCCACUUAUACCUUAUUCGUCAUUUUAUCACAUCAUGAGUUGGCUGAAUGUUUGGCAUGUUACAAUUUAUGGCAUGACUAACACAAUUGCACCAUAAAUAUAACAUCUACCAGGACCCAUGGGGCAAUAUCACCAUAUUCAGUGAAUAGCUUCUAGAUGCCCCUUUUGCAGUCUGUCUCACUUAAUCACUAUGUUUGUAGUAAUCUUACUUCAAAUCUUGCUUAUACCAAGCAAUACAUGCUUGAUGGCCAAGAAGCAAAUUGUGUUGGUAUUGUGUAUUUAAAUUGAAGAAUGGUGUAGGUGAGGCAGAAAUAUAAAAACAAGAAAGGUAUCAGGAAACAAACUGGAUCAAGUGCAUUCAUUUGUCACUUAUUGUUAUAAUUAUCUAUCAAUAAUUAGUUGCUUCUCUGUUGCUUUCUAUGAAAAAUGUUUUUAGGCUAUUCAUUUUAAUGUAAAAAAAUGCAUAAUCACUUGUUCACAGAAACAGUAACAUGUCAUUCUCACACCUUCAAUUAUAUGAAAAUGAAAUCUUGUUGCUAAAGAAGAUAUGUGGAUCAGUUUUGUAUGUACAUACUUCAUACAAUGGAAAAUAAAGUGCAAAUAUACAUAUAUUGUAUU